AUGGAAAUUGGUAUCACCGGUGGCGUUGAAGAUGGCGUGGACAACAGCGGACUGUCCAGAGGAUGCAAGGAUGUGAUUUAUAGGUUCGCCGUCUACAAGGGCCUGAACCCCAUCUCGCCCAUGUUCACCAUUGCAGCUGCUUUCGGCAACGUCCAUGGCGUGUACAAGGCCGGUAAUGUGGUCUUGAAGCCGGAGCUGUUGGAGGACAUGCAGGUCUACGCACGCGAGCAGAUCAAGGCCACAACUGGUCAGGACAUCGAGCGGCCCUUGAACUUUGUUUUCCACGGCGGCUCGGGGUCUGAGAAGCACCACAUCACUACGGCAUUGAAUGCUGGAGUUGUGAAGAUGAACGUGGACACGGAUACGCAGUGGGCCUACUGGGAGGGUCUCCUAAAGUUCUACAAGGCCAAGGAAGGCUACCUGCAGGGACAGAUCGGCAAUCCGGAGGGUGAGGACAAGCCCAACAAGAGCUACUACGACCCUCGCAAGUGGAUCCGCGAAUGCGAGAUGACCAUGGUGAAGACUAUGAAGUAUAUUGUCAAACUGGGACCUCUGCAAAUGCUUGUCCUCUGCAAAUGCUUGUACAAGUCCCCUCUGCGUCCUCCUUCUUCUCCGUGGAUGCCCUAUGGGACCAACUUCAGAUUGCAAGACUCGUAUUGGGCUUCCUCCGCUGGCAACUACGCACCCGACAUUAGCCUCAGUCGGCCUCUGUCUCCUCCUCUUGCUCCUCCUCUUCCCCCUCCGCCUCUGUCUCCGUAUGGUUUUCCCCGCGCACCCUAA